GAAACCAGAAUCAUCAACACAACCAUCAUCGUCAAAUCUUGAAUUCUUUCCUUUUUGUUUUCUAAAGGAAGAGAGACAGAGAAGGGGGUUGAGACAGGGGAUUUAUGUCGUCUGGGUUUGAUAUAUUGAAUGGAGCUCAGAAGAAGCUCUUGAUUUGUUGUGAUCAGUCUCUCCUUAUCAAAGUCCCCACCUUUUGCAUGCAGUUUGGGGCUCACAGUCAUAGCUCCCCUGUUUCUUACAAGCCAUUUAGAUCACAAAGGAAUUCCUCUGGAGUGAGGUGCUUUGUGUUUUAUUCCAGACGACUAGUUUCUUAUUCACUGUUGAGACUUGGGUGUUUGAGGGUUUUGGGGAUUUCUUGGUACUCAGUUUUGGUCCUUUUGGAAGAUAUUUUGCAGCUUCCUUUGGGGUUUAGCAUUUAGAAUUUUAAAUCUUAGAAUGCCUGGGAUUAGAACCCAAGUCUUGAAUCAAGAUAUGUAUUGUAUGAAAGUGAUGGCAAAGCAAUCAAGAAAAGAAGAGGAUACAAGUUUGAAGAGGAGAGUUCGAAUUAUGUACACUGAUCCCUAUGCUACUGAUUCUUCCAGUGAAGAUGAUGAACAAUGUAAUGUUAAUGAGUAUCAAUCUGUGCCCGGAAAAAAGGUCUUUGUUUCGGAGAUUGUGGUUGGCGGCAUGCAAGAUGAAUCAUAUGCCUAUGGAGGUAGAAUUGGUAAUACCAAGAAUUCUGAUGGCAGUAACAAAAGUCAGAGAUCCUCUUCUCUGUACAAGGGAGUUCGGCGUAGAAAAUGGGGUAAAUAUGCUGCAGAGAUUCGUGAUCCCUUUCGAGGGGUACGUGAGUGGAUUGGCACUUUCGAUACUGCAGAGGAGGCUUCUGUUGCCUAUCAAAAUAGGAGGCUUCAGUUUGAUAACAUGAAGUUAGAGUUAAAGAGAAAGAUUGAUUAUGAGGACUUGCAUAUAUCAAACAAGGGAUUUGAGAGUUCUCAUUUAACAGAUAAGAGCAAUCAUCAGUACAAGUGUCAAAGCUUUCAUUUAUCGGGGGACAGUCAAGAUUCAUCAGUAGCUGCUGCUCCUGCGAACGAGACCUUUACAUAUGAAGAGACCACAAGUUUGUUUUGUCAUCCAUCACCAUCAUCUGUGCUUGAUCUGCCUCCUAGUAAGGCUGCACUUGGAGGCUCUGAGCAACCUCUUUCUGAAGAAGAGCUAUCCAAUUUAAAAUUUCCUGAAGCGCCACUAUCAUCACCAUCAAGUGCUGAAGAAGGCUAUGUGCUGCCACUUACUGAAGAAGCGCUAUCCAUUUUGAACGUUCCUGAAGUGCCAACAUGUUCAGCAGUUAGUGCUGAAGAAGACUUUCUUCAAGAUAAGCUAUCCAGUUUGAAAUUUACUGAAGGGCUAAUAUUGUCACCAAUAAGAACUGAAGAUUUGGGAUCUCUGAAUUUGGGAUAUAUGGACAGUGACAUUAUUGAUGGUUUGGAUCAGUUGUUUGUUAGUAUGAGUGACAUUGUUGAUCCUCCUGUGUAUUGUGAUGGAAAUGGUCAGAAUAUCCUUCCUCCUCGUAAGUUUCUUAUGAGUGACUUAGCAGGGUUUUGCUGGGAUUGAUUAAACCUGGAUCACAGUACUCGUAAAGUUUUGUAGUUAGGAAUUACUAGUAGAUACAUCUUUAUAUUCAGUACAUGUUUGAGCAGUUUUGAGGCUAUCGGCAUCUUUGUUAUGAACUUAUGGAAGUGUUUCUUGGGUCUGUGCUCAUUUGGGAGUUGUCCAAGAUUCUCAAACUCUCAGUGGCAUGGAUUAGAAAAUUGAACCUUGUCCUGUUCAAAAAAAAGGAAGAAAAUAAAAUAAAAAUUGAACCUUGUUUAUUUCGCCAAAUAUAUUAUAGAAGUGCCACUGUAUCUGUUUAGAUUCUGAG